CAUCCAGCUACCCUAAAGCUUCUGAUGCCAGAUCACGUGUCAUCGCGAUUUGGACCAAAGAGAUGCCAGCCGCACCUGCACCCGCACCGUUCAAUAGCCGUGGCGGUCUCCUUGUGGCCGAGGGGCGCAGCUCACGGAGAGUUUACAAGGCUGAUGGAAUCAUUGUGAUGCAGCAUAAUGCUAGCUAACUUGGUUGGCACGAACUAGCCUUGAUAAUUUGAAGAAAAGAUUCACUUCCUAUAGCGACACAUCUAACACUCGUCUCGGCUUCCAAGCGGCAUCGGAAGCUGUCAUGGGGCGAAUGUGUGAUAUUGGAGCCACAGCAGCCUAAAUGCAGAUAAAAAAGGAAACACUGCCUCUGGAAGAUAGCCACGCCGGAGACUUGCAGCACGAAAGUAGAGCCGCCAUGGGUCGGGCGCUGGUUCCGCGCAAUCUCCAACCGCUUUGGGGGACGCAAUUUCGCCUUGGCUCGUGUUAUGGAGACUCCGAUAGCAUGGUAAGCAACCCUAACAAAUGCGGCUGCUGAUCGCUUGACCAGCUAUUGAAAGAACGGUCUCUAUAUAUCGAUGCAAUUGCUAGUUUGUUCAUGGCAGACAAAGACAGGCUCUUGAGCUGCUACUGACUCGCCGGCGCCGACAUAAAUAAAAAGGAACGAAGCUGCAUGACAUACCACAGAAGCCUCACUCCUAUAGUCUUCCAGGGCUGAAGAGCUGAAUCGAUGCUGGUCGCCCAGGGUCGCCCACACAGCUCCGCUACUUUUCUUUCAGCUGAAUGUCAGCCACAGCGCCAUAGCCAACCAAAUGGGUUGACAGUCCCGCAGUAACACCCUGUAUCAUUGGGAAAAUAUGCCUGGCGCCUCCACAAGGCGCUCUCAAGACUGUCGUGUAAGCGGCAAGGAUGCGCAAAUAGUGGUGAAAAGAUGGCACAUCAACGUGGAGUCGGGCAGUGACCAGGCAUGCAGAAAAGAGAGCUGAAUAAAACUGAGCGCCGUCCCUGACAGGACGGAAUAUUUCCAUUGGAGCUGCUCCUCUCGUUCGUCUGUUUCUUUGCUGAACGUCACCAUUGAAGCUCGCCAUUUACAGCUGCAAGAGAAGACAAUUCGCACGCUAGAGCAACAAGAUUGCCAUGAAGUCUUUCACACAGAGCUAUGCGCUGCUCACAGCGCUAGCUUCUACUGCCCAAUGUCUCAAAAUGUCGCUCCCUACGCCAACUCCGUCCGAGGCGACUGAUCUAGCGGCCGAAGGGUUCUCACCAAAGCCAACGAACCCGCCAGCCAUGGAGUUGCUGCGACGAGCAGCUAAGGACGCCGCCACCUCCUUUCAAGUUUUGUAUGGACAAGAUAACACUUGCGGCUACAUCUCUGGUCUUCCUGGGGCACCGUACAGGUGCUAUAACACACUCGCCCACUGCGUUCUAUACACCUCAAGCGCCGCUGGGCCGGGCCGUGUUGCCUGCUGUGAGCCCAGUGGAUGUUAUGCUAAAACUGGAUGCAUUGAUUACAAUGCCAUCUAUACCUCAAGCCUAUGUGGAAAUUCAUGCAAAGCCGACGGCUUCCUCCUCAAAUGCACAAACAUUGCCGCCAUGCAUUGCAAUUCUGCCAUCUGGCCUGGCAACAUUGUCGAUUAUUUCUGUGACAGCCAGAUCUACUCUGGCAUCCAAUCCAUGCAGACAACCUACAAGGGACAGGCCGGCUCUCCGUUUAGCGUAUUGACCGUGCACCCAUCGUCUUCGACCUCGCAGUUUGCUCUCCAGUCUAGCGCUGCAUCUGGAGGCGCUGGCGGAAAGGCCGCACCGUCAGCUUCUUCCACCGGGCCAAAUUCGGGCGGUGAUGGAAACAACGGAAACUCGAACGGCAAUUCAAACGGCAACUCCAAUGGAAACUCCAACGGAGACUCUAACGGCAACAACGACAACAAAUCGAGCGGCCCCCCUAUCGGAGCUAUUGUUGGAGGAGUUGUAGGCGGAGUUGGAGCCUUGGGUCUCAUUGGAUUAGUGGCUUUCCUAUUCAUUCGCAAUAAGAAGAAGAAGAACGACGCGGAACCGACAUCUACCACCGCACCACCUCCUGCACCUAUGCAACAGAACGGCCCGCACCCUGGAGAGACUAAUCUCUAUGCUGGGCAGUAUGGACAGGACUACCAGAAGCCAAUGGAACACUACGAUCAGAUUUCGCCCUCAGUCUCAGGAUACCCGCCAACAAUGGCUUCUUCCCAGUUUCCUAAUUCUGCAUCGCCUGUUGACCCUCGCUACUCGAACCCUGCGUCCCCUCAGCAACAGCACUCGGUAUCACCGACCGAUCCCCGUUAUUCAAACGUUCCUUCAUCUCAUCAGCAAAUAUCGCCAUCUCAGAGCCCACCUGUUGGUAUGCCUGUUCAGCAGCAGCAGCAUAUGUACGGCUAUCCGCCUCAGAACAACGCCCAUGAAGCUCCUACGAGCAUGGCGGAUCAGCACCGAGGCGAGAUGCAUGAGCUGGGUUAAGACGCCGUGGUAAUAGUUGGUUACGAAGCACUUGAUACAUAUCCAGGAGUAUAU